CGUGGUGUGUUACUCCACUUAUGGACGCGCAAUCCGUCCAAGCCUAUCGUCAGCCCGUACCGCGAGGAUGACCCCAUGUAUGGUACCUAGUCUUGUGCCGCUCCGCAGGCCUUCAUUGGGAUCAGCUUGUCCGGGUGCACGAGGCGGACGAUCUAUUUGCAACCGCUGCAAGUUAGCAUACCGUGUUCGUAUCUCCUGGUCUGGGAAUGUUGGCGGCGUUAGCACGGGACAACAGCAUUCCAAUCCAUUCACCGGACCCUUCCGGAACUAGUGCCAUUUACAACCUCUUCACACAUUGAGACCUUGGACUUCUACAUUCCUCCGUGUUUGCUGGACAUACACUUUACAACAACCGACCAACGCCUUUCGCUCAUUUUCAACAACAUUAGUCCACAUUCAACAUGGACCUUUACCGAGCUACAUUCGCUGGAUCGCUGCUGCUCAAUGCACUCGCAUUCUACCAGUCGCACCGCUCACGCAAGGCGGCUGUCGUAGAGACAGCGACUACAGACAAGAAGGAUGAACACGAGCAUUUAGAGCCUGAUUUGGAGGGCCUAAGCAAGUUGAAGAAGCGCUUCUUUCCUAUUUAUUUGCUGGUCAACGCUGCAGACUGGCUGCAAGGACCAUAUAUCUAUCCUAUCUACAAAGAUGAAAAGGGUCUUCCAGAAGAAACAGUCGCGUUCCUGUUUCUCAUAGGCUUCAUCUCCGCCGGAAUCUCUGCGUCUUUCGUAGGCACUCUAGCAGACCGAUACGGGCGUAAGACAGCAUGCUUGGGAUACUGCGCCCUCUACUCCCUAUCAUGCGCCACGCUCUUGUCCGACAACAUCUACGUUCUCUUCUUCGGUCGCAUCCUCGGUGGUGUGUGCGGAACUGUUCUUUGGAGCGUCUUCGAAAGUUGGAUGGUGGCUGAGUUCAAUCAGCUCAUGCUUCCGGACGGCGAACCCCAUCUGAGCGCGAUAUUCAGCACGAUGACUACUUCAAACACAUGUGUGGCUAUCGGUGCGGGUAUCUUCGCAGAGUGGGCGGUUAGAAUGACAGGCACGGCAAAGACACCCUUCAUGGCUUCUAUUGGCUGCUUGAGUCUGUCUUUCCUUGCUAUCUCAAAGUACUGGGGAGAGAAUUAUGGGACGAGCAGCCGCAGAGCUUCAGAGACUGAAGGGCUGCUCCAGCAAGAGGAAGCUACCCCAGCUCCGCCAGCCACGUCUGCUCUCCGAACGAUUUUGCGCGAUCGCAACAUCAUGAUGCUUGCAUUGGUAUCGGGCUUCUUCGAGGGGUCUCUUUUUCUGUUCAUCUUCUUCAAAUUCCCAGCGUUGAAGCUCAGCCAUAAACUGGCGGGCUCAACUGACGAACUUCCGUUUGGUCUCAUUUUCGCCAUCUUGAUGUGUUCUAUGAUGUUUGGUUCCCUCCUUUACAAACACCUCUCCACAUCCGCAACACCUGUGUCGGCGCAAAAGAUGCUUACAGGCAUCCUCGCAGUUUCAUCCGCGUGCUUCUUUGUUCCUGGCCACUUCCGCGACGAGCGCCUCACAUUGUGGUGCUUUUGCAUUUUUGAGUUGUGCUGCGGAGUUUACUAUCCUGCAAUGGGCUCGCUGAAGAGCAAGCUCGUUGAGGAUGGCUCAAGAGCCAGCAUUUACGGCAUUCUUCGAAUUCCGUUGAAUGUUUUUGUUGUGCUUGCUCUGAGCACUACGAAAGAAGGCGAAGCGCAUCGCGAUACGGUGUUUACCACCUGCAGUCUGCUUUUGGUGGCGGCUGCAAUAGUCGUUCACAAGACACUAUCGUGAUCUCAUUACUAUCCACUUUCCUAUUUAGUCUAUUUGCAUGGCGCUAAGGAUAAACAUAACCUCGGGGAAAUAUGUUGUAUAAUCAUCAUCAACAAGCCUCCCGUAAAGCGGAGCAACACCCAAGAUAGACACAUCGCGAAAUAGCGAUUUACACAAACAAUACCCACAUUUCCUUUCGU